AUGCGUCCAUCACCUCUAACAUGCACUCUGAUCCACCUGAAGGGCCUGUUGUCCAUUCUUCGGAGGCUGAAGCAGUCUCCAGAACAGGAGGUGCGCUUACUGUUGCUCGGCUUGGACAAUGCCGGCAAGACCACUCUGCUGAAACAGCUUGCAGCAGAAGAUAUCAGCCACAUCAUCCCCACACAAGGCUUCAAUAUUAAGAGCGUUCAAUCAUCUGGCUUCAAGUUGAAUGUUUGGGACAUAGGAGGUCAGCGCAAGAUCCGCCCCUACUGGAGGAAUUAUUUUGAGAACACAGAUGUACUGAUCUAUGUGAUUGACAGCUCAGACAGGAAAAGGUUGGAAGAGACAAGCCUGGAGCUGUCUGAGUUGCUGGAGGAGGAAAAGCUUGCUGCUGUGCCACUGCUAAUCUUUGCCAACAAGCAGGACCUGAUGACGGCCUCCCCAGCGUCUGAGCUGGCAGAGAGUCUCAAUCUGCACAUUAUCCGGGAUCGAAUGUGGCAGGUCCAGGCCUGCUCAGCAGUCACUGCUGAAGGAGUGCAGGAUGGAAUGACCUGGGUUUGCAGAAAUAUAACAUCUCGAAAGAAAUAA